AUGGAUGCCAAUGGGAUCACAUGUAAUAAUACUAUAAAAUUUUCUUCAAAUUAUGCAUUUCGUAUAGGUUUUUUCAAAAAAUUUAACAAAGGGUGCAAUGUUGGUGAUGUUGUUAAAGUGGGUGAUUUGGACCUUGGAGAUGAUAAAACUAAAGUUGAUGUUAAUUUAGUAGUAACAUCAGUUAAUCAGGCCGAUGAUUGGUUUACCGGAGAGUUUUCAUACACACACACUUAUAACCCAAUAAAAUUAGGUGGAAAAGCCGUCACAUAUAAAGUAGUCUUUACUGAUUGUUGCAGAAUUAAAUCAUUGUUAAACAAUGCAGAAGGUAGUUGGUAUAUUUCCACAUCAGUGGUUGUUGAUCCAAAUCAAGGUAGUGAUGUAUCUACUUUCAAUCGUUCACCAGUUUCAGGUAUGGUCCCAAUUAUCACUUUAAAUAGAGAUAAAAAUAAUCAAUUCCUUAUCGCAGCAUCUGAUCCAAAUGGUGAUACACUCACAUAUUCUCUCAGUAAUGCCUACACCAUGAACCAACCAUCAGGUUUAAGUAUCGAUAGCAGCAAAGGCAUAGUAUCAUUUAAACCAACCGUUUCUGGUUUUUAUUCUACUCAAAUUAUGAUCAAAGAUACCAAGGGUGCUUACGUUGUAGUUGAUUUCCUCAUUAAUUCAGUCAUAGAGCCAGGUGUUUGUCAUCCAUCUUGUAGCAAUGGUGGAAAUACUUGCAAUGGUAACUCGGGCUGUAAAUCAUGUAAAGGAACAGACUCAAACGGUAACACUUGUUCUUCUUUCCCACCAGUUUUUGUUUAUCCACCAACUCCGACAGAUGGUUCUCUCCUUGCAUAUGAAGUAAACAAAACAAAUUCUUUUUCAAUUCAAUGUAAAACUGAAGAAAAAUCUAAAACUGUAUUUAUUCAACCUGCAAAUAUUCCACUUGCUGCUACUCUUACUUCAUCAGAUCAAAAUAAACAAGUUUCAACUCUUACUUAUUCAAUGUUACCACAAUUAAAACAUAUUGGUGUUUAUGUUAUUUCAGCUUAUUGUACUGAUAAUAAGGGUUUAGUCUCAACUAUUACUUCUUUUUCAAUUUCAGUUGAAAAACCAAUUUGUGGUCAUGGUACUAAUAAACCAGGUGGUGGUUGUAAUUGUGAAACAGGUUGGGAUCCAGAAAAGAAUUGUUAUGAAUGUUUAAAAGGACAUUAUGGUGAAAAAUGUGACCCAGUAGAUCCAUGUGUAAAUGGUGAGUCCAAUGAAGGCAGCCAAGGUAAUGGUAAAUGUACAUGCUACUAUGGUUGGGAAGGUAAAAAUUGUGAUAUUAAAGUUAACCAAGUUUGUAAUGCAAACAAAGAAAAUGUUGUUCUCGAUUCAUCAGUAGCUAAAUCAAGUUAUAUCAAUCCAAACUUUGCUCAAGUUUACUUAAAUACCGAUCCAUCAAAACAAGCUUUAACUCUUUCAUCUAAACUUAGUAUUCCAGAAACAAUUGAUAAAUUUGAAGUUUUGGUUCUUGUUGAUUCUCAACCAAGUAUCGUUGAAUAUUGGGAUAAUUUUAAAAAGUAUUCAUCUGAUUUAACUAAAAACCUCCAAGAUAUUAGUGAAACUGUUUCAAUUGGUUUAGGUUUAUUCUCAGAUGCCAAAACCAAUGGUUAUUCAUUCGUUUUAAAGAAAUCAAUUGGUAAUGGUCUUAGUGGUUUGGAUGAUAAAGAUAAAGCACCUGCUUCAUCGUACUCUACUAAAAAUUCACUCAUUGCACUUACAAGUGCUGCAGAAUUUCCAGCUGGUUGGAGCACAGGUUCAAUUAAAAUCAUUGUUCUUUUAACUGAUAAUGAUUAUUCAGCCACUGCUCAAGAAGUUUCUAAAUUUACAUCCACUUUAAUCAGUAAAUCCAUUUUACCAGUUGUUGUUAGUUUUAAUGAUAAUCAAAAUUGGGAUACCCUUUUCAAAAACCAAGGCUUUGGUUCAACUAAAAAAACUUCAAACGCUAAAGGUAAUGACUGGGUAUCAGUAGCUACUAGUGCUAUCAAGGAUGUUUUAAGCAAAGCAGUUGUUAAAGCAAUCGAUGAUACCAAAGGAUUUUUAACACUUCCAUCAGCAACUACAAUUAGUAUCGAAGAUUCAAAAGAUUACACUAUUCCAAUUCAAAUCAAAUAUCCACAAGGUCAAUCAGAUAUUCCUCAAAACCCAUCUGUAUCUUACUCUGUUGUAGGUUUUGGUAUAACUAGAAUUGUUAUCAACUAUAAUAGUGCUCCAACUGCUUUAGGCUAUUCAAUUGAAACCAAACAAAAUGUAAACUAUAACUUUAAAUUAUCAGGUAGUGAUGUUGAUGGAAAUACUUUAACUAUUAAAUUUAAAACUAUUCCAGCCGCAUCUGUUGGUGUAAUUCAAGCUGAUGGUGUAACCAUUGAACAAGGUGAUUCAUUCUCAAUUGAAAAAACCUUUACCUUUAAACCAGCCACCAAUUAUUACACUAAAUCUACCAAUGAUAAAUUUACAUUUGUAGCUAAUGAUGGUUGUUUAGAUAGUAAUGAAGCAACCGUUGAAAUUAAAAUUACCCAUGUAAAUCAAGCACCAUCUUGUUCAAGUCUUUCAGGUUCUGCAAUUUCAGUUACUGGAUUAAAUACACCAAAAUCUUUCUCAUUACAAGGUAGUGAUAUUGAAACCGAUUCAAAUUUAAAAAUUGUAUUUGGUGACUUAACUGCUAUUUCAGCUUAUGGUAACAUUAAAAGUGGUAGCAAUGUAGUCUCCACUGGAUCAAGUGUACAACUUUCCUCUGGUUCUGCAUCUCUUACAUUCACACAAACUAAAGAUAUUGCAAAUGACAAAGAAAUUACCGUUGAUUUCAAAGUUAAUGAUGGUUCAUUAGAUUCUUCAUCUUCAUGUUCUUUCAAGGUUAAAUUUGUUCAUUUCAAUAAACCACCAGUUGCAUUCGCUGUAACACCACUUACAAUUAGACAAAAUUCAGAACUUAAAAUUACUAUUUCAGCCUCUGAUUCCGACUCUGAUAGUGUUAUUUUUACUUUAGACGACCUCAAAUUGGGUGGAGGUGAUAGUUUCUUUAAAUGUGAUGAUAGAUCACAACUCACCGCACCAUUUACAACCCAACCAGUUUCAAUUUCUGGUGGUGUAGCAUCAUUCUCUGAAAUCUGUUAUUCAUCCCCACUCGUAAAUGCAAAUUCAUAUGCAAGUUUAGUAUUCUUUGCCAAUGAUGGCCAGUUAUCUAGUGAUAAAUUUAAAGUUUUAAUCAAUAUCAAUGGUGAUCGUCCAAAUGCCCCACCAGUUGUAAAUCAAAUUCCAAAUUUCACAAUGAAUGAAGAUGAUAUUUCCAAUGAAUUGGUAAUUGAUGGUAUCGACCCAGAUGAAUUAGAUCAAGGUAAACUUAAAGGUAUUAUAAUACAAAAACCAACGAAUGGAGUUAUCUUAGUUAAAUCAGGUAGUUCAACAAGUGAAGCACCAAUUAUUGGUAAUGCACCAUACAAGAUUUUCUAUAAACCAAAUCCAUUAUACUAUGGUACAGAUAGUUUUUCUUAUACUGUUGAGGAUAGUAUGGGUGAGAGAGAUGCAACUCCAAAGACUACUCAAAUCACAGUCCAACAUGUUAAUCAUGCACCAACCCUUUCAAUUGAUCCAUAUGAUUUCACCUCUCAAACUUCUGAAAAAACUUUAGAAUUAACACCAAAAGAUAUUGAUUUAAUAGAUACUGUAUUCCAUUGCACUAUCGUUAAAUUACCAGCAACUGCCAUUAUUAAAACCUCUGCUGGUAAAGUAAUCGAUACUGUACCAACUGAUUUAUCAGAUAAUAAAUACAUCAUAACUUCAAAUAAUAAUAUCUAUAAUGAUUUCAGUGAUUCAUUCGAUGCAAAAUGUUAUGAUUCAAGUAAUGCAGUUUCAAAUAUUGCAACUGGCCCAAUCACCUUUAGAUAUAUUAAUGUUCCACCAAAAGCAGAAUCAUCAGAUGAAACCUUAAAUCAAGAUAGUUCCGUUAGUUUCUCAGUAAAAGCCACCGAUCUUGAAGAUAAUUCAAAUGUUAGGGCUGUAAUUAGAUCCCUUCCAGCAAAAGGUACCCUUACAAUUAAAUCAACAGGAAAAGCAGCUGAAAUCUCUUCAACCUAUGCAAUUGAUGAUUUUGUUUAUACUCCAGUUGCAGGUUAUUCCAAUUGGGAUAAACCAGGCCAUGUUGGACCAGCCGAUUCUUUCAAUUUUGUUGCAAAAGAUAGUAAAAAUGAUAUCUCUUCAAAUAUUGGUACUGUUUCAUUCUUUAUUGAACCAAGAAAUCCACCAACCUAUGAGGGUUUAGCUGUUUUAUACACUAAAGAAAAUACUGAUCUUCCAUUCAGUAUUUCUGGUAUCGUUGGUAAUGGUGGUUCAAAUGUUUUCCUAAGAAUUAAAUCGAUCGUUUCCAGGGGUUCAUUAUAUGCCACUCAUUGUAUGGGUACUGAAGGUUGUAUGUCUGAACCAAAUCCAGUUGAUAUUAACAUAAACUUCACAUCUCAACCAUAUACCUUUAGUUUUACACCAAUUGAAUAUGAAAAUGGUGAUAAUUAUGCCAUUAUUGAAUUUGUACUCUAUGAUAAAUUUAAUGGUCAAGAAGUUGAAUCCCAAAAAUAUACCAUUAUCAUCAAUGUUAUCCCAGUAAAUCAAGCACCAGAGGUCAUCUUAAUUGAACAUACUCUUUCAACUCUACCAAAUAAUGUUAUAGCAUUCGAUAAAUUUAAGACUGUUAAAAUGGAAACUAACUCUUAUGUCAUUAUUAAAUAUGAUGGCACUGAUAUUGACGAUCCAAAAGAAAAAUUAAAAUCUUAUAUUGUCAGUCCUCCACUUCGUGGUUUACUCUAUGUCUAUGAUAAAGAUGCUAAGGAUGGUUUGGGUAAAUUAAUAAAAAAGGAUGAUACAUUUGUUCCUGUAGCUCAAGAUGGUUUUUGGUAUAUCGUUUUUGUACCAACUCCAGGUUCAUCUGGUGAUGGUUAUGUUCGUAUUCCAAUUUCAAUGGUAGAUUUCUUGGGUGAUAUCUCUGUUCCAGUCACAGUUGCAGUUGAUGUUUCAAAAAAGAAUAUUCCACCAUUCAUUACCAUUGAAAAUAAAAACUAUACUUCACUCGCCAAUACUUCAAUCGUUGUUACAGGUGUCUCAUUUGAUGAUCCAGACAGUAAAUAUAAUGAUGUUGAAUUAAUUCUCUCAUUGGUUAACAAGGAUGGCGAUUUAGUUUCAAAUAAAAUUGCAACAUUCUCUUUAUCUCAACAAAGUAAAGCAAAAUGCACCAAACAUUCUGAAUUCGCUCAAUUCACUUGUAGAUCAAAUAAAAAGACACUCAAUGCUUUAAUUUCCACAAUGUAUGUAAAUCACCAAGGUGGUGGUUCUUAUCGUCUCAAAGUAUUCGUUAAUGAUUUAGGUUAUAGUUCACCAGCAUCAAUUAGAGAUAAAAAUCAUAUGACUGCAACUGAUUAUGUUGAAUUGGAUGUAACAAAACCUGAAGUUACUACCACCAAAGAAAAUAAUAAUAAAACAGUAUUAACUGGUGCAAUUGCUGGUGCUGCCGCUGGUGCAGGUUUACUUGCCGCUGGUGCUUGGUUCUUAUUAAAGAAAUCUGCUCCACCAACAGAUGCAUUCUUUGGUGAAGGAGCUUUUGCUGAUGGUGCUGUCUCUACAAAUCCAAUGUAUGAAGAAAGUGGUAGAUCUGCUAUCAAUCCAUUAUAUGAAGCUUCUUCUGAAAAUUUAUAA